ACUAGUUGUCCAAUCAGCUACAAUCAUGAACACAUUGUUUGUCACAGUCUUGACCGCCCUAGUGGCCCUUUCCGCCGCCUCCGGCCCUGGCGGCGUCCUCCUUAAAGGCCCCUCAGGAAUCGUAACAGGUGCCGGCCCAAUCGGACCCGCCGGUCUUGGUCUUGGCGGUCACGGUAUUGGAAUCGCCGCCCCCGUCGCUGUAGCCGCUCCCCUCGCCAUCGCUCGCCCUCUCGCCGUGGCCGCUCCCCUCGCCGUAGCCGCCCCGGUGCUCGCCGCCCCCGCAGUGCAGGCCGGCGCCAUUUGGGCCGGCCCCCAGCAAGCCGGGGCGGUCAUUGCCGGCCCCACUCAGGCGGGUUCCAUCACCACCGGCGGCGUUAUCGGCGGUAGCGUCGGUCUUGCCGCUCCCGUUGCCGUAGCCGCCGCCCCCGUUGCUGUAGCCGCCCCCGCCGUUGCCGUAGCUCACGGUGCCGGUCUGAUCACCAACGGAGGCGGUACGAUCGGGGUCAGCGCUCACGGCGCAGUUGUCAACGGGCCACCCACCGCCCCCGUGGUGGUGGCCGGGCCGGCUGGUAAGGUGGCCGCCGAUGGCUUGUGGGGGCCCACUUUGGCCGUUGGUGGUGGCGGUCACGGGUGGUAGAUGACUCCUUUCAGGCUGUGUUCGGAUUAUGACGGAUAAUUUAUUUUUUUACUUUGUUUCGUGUGUUGUAAAUACAAAAUCGACGUAGUUAGAAAUUCGAUUUUUUAUUUUUUGUUUGUAUGUGUAUAUAAAAAAAG